CGUACCCAAAAGAUAACAUUAAUCUCCUAACCUUCGAAAUACCAAACUAACGAUUUGGAAGUAAAGUUGCCUUAAUUGUUGUUAUUCUCGGGCUGGACUGCAAUCGGUCUAGUUUACCACUGCAAAUGGCUAAUACCAAAAUAUAACCUGAAAUAUAUUUCAAUUGAAUAAUCCAGAAUAAGUGGCAAUUAAAUCUAGUGUAAAACGCCGACAUCCGCAAUACCAAGACCUGCUUUUAUAAUAGCGGCUCCAAUAAAAUAAACCAUCGUAGUUAUUGUUGAAAAUUGUUUAGUGCAGUUGGUAAUAUUAGUAAGUUAUGUUCAGUUUGAGCAAAGUCAGAAACACACUACGGAAAAGUUUGAAGAAGAUUGCUGUUUUUUCGACGGAUAGAUUCUCAAACUAUAUAUUUCAAAUCACAUACAAGAAUUGCUAGGAUUGGAGACAGAAUUCACCAUGGCCGAUAGUCUUGCUGACGGGUUAUCCAGUACCUACGAGAAGAGCCUCAUGGGAGUGUCUGAAAUGGGGGAAUCGAUGCAACGUUUCGGCUGGGUGGAUUACAUCAUGUUCAUUUUCAUGUUGGGCAUAUGCGUUUUUGUUGGACUGUAUUUCGGAAUUUGCAAGAAAUCGCAGACUUCGCAAGAUUAUUUAGUUGCUAGCCGAUCCAUGGGUGUGAUUCCAAUCGCUAUGUCAUUAUUGGCGAGUUGGGUCAGUGGUAUUUCUCUUUUGGGUAUCCCAACCGAGGUCUACGUAUAUGGAGUUCAGUAUGCUUAUAUCCUUGGGGGAUUUUUCCUUGCCACACUUUUGAUGAAAUCAGUUUAUUUGCCAGUAUUCCAGGGACUUGCACUGACGUCGACCUAUGAGUACCACGAAAGAAGAUUCGACAAGAAAGUGAGAUUAUUCGGAUCCCUGUUGUUCACAAUCAAAAUGCUUUCCUGGUUACCAUUGGUCAUAUAUGUUCCGGCUCUGGCUUUCAACCAAGUAACAGGAGUAAACGUCCAUCUCAUCACUCCGAUUGUUUGUAUUUUCUGCAUAUUCUACACUUCAAUGGGAGGUUUGAAAGGAGUUGUGUGGACCGAUGUUAUUCAGCUUGUUGUUAUGUUUGCAGCUCUUCUGUUAGUGAUCAUUAAAGGCACGAUCAAUGUUGGCGGUAUAUGGAAUGUCAUUGAACGUAAUUGGGAAAGUGGAAGAAUUGAAGGCCCAAAUUUCGAUUUAGAUCCGUUGUCGAGACACACCAUAUGGGCCUUGAUUAUUGGAGGAACAGCAUACACAGUGCAGACUACUGGAGUUAACCAAAACAUGAUACAAAGAUACUUGUCACUCCCAUCGAUGAAAGAAGGUAGGAGGGCACUAUGGGCGUUUUUCUUUGGAAUCGUGAUUUUGAUGUCAUGCUGUUGCUAUUGUGGGAUGCUCAUUUAUGCAACAUUUCAUAAAUGUGAUCCUCUCACAACCAUGUUAGCGAGAGAAAAGGACCAACUACUUCCCCUUUUGGUAAUGGAAAUUCUCGGGGAUAUACCAGGACUGCCCGGGAUAUUCGUAGCAGGAAUAUUUAGUGCAGCUUUGAGUUCCCUCUCUACUGGCCUGAACGCAAUGGCAGCGAUCGUAUUGGAAGAUUUCUACAAACCUUUCAUCAAUAAACAAAUAACGGAGAAGCAAGCAUUCUUUUUGAUGAAAUCCACAGUUAUUAUAACUGGUGCAAUAUGUAUUGGACUUGUCUUCAUAGUGGAGAAGUUAGGCGCGGUCUUACAGCUCACGAUAAAUAUUGGUUCAAUUGCAAAUGGUCCGGCACUUGGUCUUUCUACUAUGGGUAUUCUACUUCCAUGGGUGAAUGCUAAGGGUGCUUUGAUCGGAAGUGCAACAUCGUUAAUUGUCAUGUGCUGGGUCUGCCUUAGAGCUCAAUCUUUGGUUGCAUCCGGAGAUGUAACUUUCCCAGAAAAGCCGGUAUCUACAGAAGAUUGUCAUUACCAUUUUACACCAAAACCUUUCAUUUUGAAUGACUUGACGCACACUGAUGAACAAUUCAUGAUAUACAGACUGUCUUACAUGUGGUAUUGCUUACUGGGAAUGUUCAUUGCGAUGUUUAUUGGAUUAGUUGUUAGUUUCCUCACUAAACCUUUGGAUCCCAGAGACGUUGAUCCAAAACUAUUGGCACCGUUCAUAAGAAGAUGGAUCAAGCCUCGAAAAUAUCCCAAUCAACCAGAUGACGGUAUCAUUUACGCUUAUGGACCCACAUUGAAAGAUAAAGAUACGGUGGAUGAAAAAGAAGGUGUUCAACUGAAAACCUUCAAUGGGCCGACUUGAUGUAUGAAAUACAAAAUAAAGUAUUGAAGUGUCACUUUAUGUUUUUUAUGUCUAUUACCUGAAUAAAUGAGUCCUAUUUUCGAA